CAUCGCUCAACAACUCAUCGUGGGUCUUCGCUCCUUUAACUCACGAUGUCUGGCCGAGAGAUCUCACCCGGCUCCGUGAUCACCCUGACCGACGGGCGCCAGGGUACCGUCCGAUUCAUCGGAACCACAAGCUUCGCAGUUGGAGAUUGGAUUGGAGUGGAAUUGAUCGACGCUACUGGCAAGAACGAUGGUGCAGUUCAGGGCGAACGUUACUUUGAAUGCGAACCAGGAUUUGGCAUGUUCAUCCGACCAACAGCCAUCGGUGCGGUUAUUCAACAACCUCCGCGGGAGAGUAAACAAAGCGCCAGGGCCGGCCCCAACGCGCCUGCCAACCGACAAUCAAUAUCUGCAGGCGUAAAAAAGCCCAGUGCGCUGCCUCCUACCGCAGUCAAGCGACAAAGCACCAAUGCAACUGGAACCCCGACGCCGGCGCCGAAGAUGGCCCCCCGGGCCUCUCUAAGGUCGCCCACAAAGUCCCCUACAAAACAGCUAUCUGCUUCUUCUAAUCGCUCAUCGAUCGGCGGCGCUCCGCGGACUUCGACAAUUGCAUCAGCCCGACCGAGGCCAGCUGCCACAAACAGAACCUCGAUGGGCCCAUCUAGCACUCAAUCGGCUGCUUCCCGACCUUCGCGCCCCUCAGUGGCUGGCACGGCAACCAGGACUUCGAGACCUGGGUCCCAAAGUACCGUGGCCUCUGGGCUGUCCAAGCGCCCGUCCCUUCGACAGGCGGCCUCCACAAAAGCAUCCGAUGGAGGCGACACAGGGACGAGUAGUCCAUCAGAAGAGCCCACCAACGCCGAGUCUCUUGAUAUCGAAGGAGAAAGAACCCAAGAUGGAGGAGCGGCGCCAGCGCCAGCAUCUGCCCCUAAAACGUCAAGGCCGUCUUUGACUGCUUCGCGCUCAGCAGCAAAUCGACCCGGGCCUGGGACAACUAUGGCGCAACGCCAAAACCAGAAUGCUGCCGUCUCCCGUGAACUGGAAGAGCUUCAAGCUAAACUUCGAGUCAUGGAGAAGAAACGGGCUGAAGAUCGUGAAAAGCUCAAGAUCCUCGAGCGACUGCAAAUGGAGCGCGAUAAGUUUGAAUCGAUUAUCCAAAAGCUGCAGGCAAAGUAUCAGCCGCAGCAGAUGGAGAUAACCGAAUUGCGCAAGAAGCUCAAGGACACUGAGGCUCGCCAUGAGGAAGUCGAGCGAAUGCAAGCCGAACACGAAUCACUCAUGGAAAUGGCGGCACUUGACCGGGAAAUGGCAGAAGAGACAGCCGAGGCUUUCAAGCAUGAAUGUGAUGCCCUUCGAUUGAAGAUGGAAGAGCUUCAGCUGGAAGUGGAGGUUCUCCGCGAGGAAAAUGAAGAGUUCAGUCAGAUCACAAGCCCUGAAGAGCGUUCCAGUCAUGGGUGGCUGCAGAUGGAAAAGUCCAACGAGAGACUCCGUGACGCGCUCCUGCGGCUCCGCGAUAUGACCCAGCAGCAGGAAGGAGAUCUUAGGGACCAGAUCAAGGAAUUGGAGCAAGAUCUUGAGGAGUACUCUGCAGUCAAGUCUGACUAUGAGGCUACGAAGGAAAGGUUGUUGAUUGCCGAGACCAAUGUGGAUGAUCUUAAGCAGCAACUGGAGACUGCUCUUGGGGCCGAAGAGAUGAUCGAAGAAUUGGCUGACAAGAACAUGCGGUACCAAGAGGAAAUCAAUGAGCUCAAGAAUGCCAUUGAGGAUCUGGAGUCGCUCAGAGAAAUCAGCGACGAGCUGGAGUACACCCAUAUUGAAACAGAGAAACAACUCCAAGAAGAGAUCGAUUAUCGUGAUGGCGUGUUCAGCGAACAAGUUCGGAAGAUAUCCCAGCAGGAUGAAGUCAUUGAAGACCUGGAAUACACCUUGUCCCGCUUCAGGGAGCUGGUGACAAAUUUGCAGGGCGACCUCGAGGACAUGCGGGCAUCUCAGCAGAUCUCCGAGACAGAAGCCACCGAUCUCUCAACCCGAUCGCGAGCCAUGAUGGACCUGAACAUGAAGCUCCAGGCCUCGGUAUCAAAGGCCCAAACGAAGUCCAUCGACAUGGAACUCAAUCGAAUGGAAGCGGAAGAAGCAGCACAACACCUUUCGAUCGUAAAACUGUACCUUCCUGAAUACUUUGAUUCCGAGCGGAACGCUGUUUUGGCUCUUCUUCGGUUCAAACGUGUCAGCUUCAAGGCCGGCAUGAUGAACAACACCAUUCGCGAGCGAGUUGCUGAGCAGUCAGCAGCGUCGACCUAUGAUGAGAUCUUCAACGCCCACGAAGUCCUUGAGCAUCUCCUAUGGAUUUCGACGGUUUGUAACCGUUUUGUGAACUAUAUCAGUGCCUGCUCUCCAGAGCAAUUUGCCAGCGCGAAGGGUGCUUUGUUUGAAAUGGAGCCGGUCGAGCGGACACUGAAUCUUUGGAUCGAGAGCUUAAAGAAGAACGACGUGAACAUGAAAAAGUUUGCGGCUGAAUUGCAGCGAUCCAUUGCUCUGCUGGUACAUCUCGCCGAAACCCUCCUUCCAUCUGGUCCAGAAAUUUUUGCAGAUGAGUUGUGCAUGCGCGCAACCCUAUCGCAAUCCUACCUUGACCAUGCUGCAUCCGUUGUUGCGCGGUUGAAGUCUUUGGUUCAGUCCAAACUUGCGACCCCGGAAGAGGGCAGCGAAGAGAACUCAUUUGCCCUGGGCAAACUCGACUCUUUUGUCUCCCAGGCGCGUGGGUACAAGGUUGCUAUGGGGAAGAUUUCUCGAUCUUUAGAGGACCUGCGUACACGGUCUCUUGCACUCUCCAAAGACGCGGACGAGCCUUUCAAGAAGACAGAAGCGUAUACCCAGGGACUCUCAGAAUUGACUCGAAAGCUGGGCGAGAACGUUGUGGAUCUCACCAGUGAUGAGAGCCGUACGGAUCCAUAUACACUGGAAGAGAUUCUGGAAAGCAUGUCACGGGCAUUUUCAGAUUCUGUACAGUCUGCUGAUGGUACAUCAGAGAAUAACGAUCCUGUCUCGCUGCUCACCAACAAGCUGCGCGACAUUGGCAGCCAGUUGGAUGAGCUCGAUUCGAUCUCAGCCGAUCUCUCUCGCACCACGGAAUUCGAGAGAGGAGCAAACCCUUGGGUUGCCCGGUCGGGGGAGUUGAAAUCUAACAAGACAAUUUCGCCAGAUGCCGACGAGGAAAUUCGACGCUUGAAGAACGAAGUUCACGAAGUUUCCACUGCACUUGGUGUCAAAGAUAACACCCUUGAAGAACAAGGUAUUAAGAUUGAGCUCCUCGAAUCACGGAUGCGCGAGGCCAGCAAGAAGGCGUCUAUGGUGAAGGAUCUUGAGACAAAGAUUGAAGAAUAUCAAGCAACAACCGAUGGGCUCGAGAAGAUUGUCGAUCAGCAGAAGAAAGAGCUUCAAACGGCCGAGGCGGAGCGCGAUGAGUUCAAGUCUCGCCUCGAAAGAAUGAAGCGGAUUUCUGGAACCGCCGGUGUAACGACCUCAGGCGAUGGUAUUGUCAUCGACAACGAGGCUUCUCUGGCCGCAAUGCAAGAGAACGAAUCUCUCCGUGCCGAGGUCGAAAGCCUUCAAGCAGCCGUGCGUUUCCUGCGUGAAGAGAAUCGUCGCUCGAACCUUCUCAAUCCGUACUCGAUACAGCGGUCGACGGAGAUGCACGCCUGGCUGGACGCACCACUCACUCGUGCUACCCCAACCGUCGAGCAAGAAAAGGUCCAGCGCACUGCUUUGGAAAGUCGCGAUGUCUUGACCCAUCUGCUGAAGCUGACGAAGGAAUCUCGUGUCUGCGACUUGAAAUCCACAAUGGUGCCGCCAGCGAGCGGCGACAACGCCAGCACCAGUGCCAACCGUACUACAUGGCGCCCAUCCAAGUCUCGUCUUCGGUACCAGGUGCUCCAGCAGCGAGAAAACUUCGAACACUGGUCUGAAUGGCGCGACGAUAUUGUCCACCAUGAGCGUGAACAGGACCGUCUGGCUGCUGCCAAGCGGGAACGCGCGCUUCGUGACCGCACUCCUAAACAUGCCCACAAAGCCUCUGUUGAAUUCCCUCAGGGUCUUGGGCAUGGAAUGAUGGGCCGUGCAUGGCAAAUCCUGGGCAUGCAAAACCACCGCAAGAACAUUUCAAUCAGCGCACCCGCCCCAGACGGAGUGGAAAUAGUGUCCAAUGAAUGA